AUGACUGCAUCUUUGAUCCACUGCUUUACAACUCAUCGUUUCUGCUGCUCAACCCACGCACAUCACUCAUCCGUUGAUUCAAUCUUAUCAGUACGUUUAAAGACGAUCGUUUUAUGGACCAUUCAUUCAUCUCCAUCUCCAUUCCCGUUCAUUUUCAUCUCCAUUCCCGUUCAUCUUCAUCUCCAUUUCUAUUCAUCUCCAUUCCCAUUCAUCUUCAUCUCCAUUUCUAUUCAUCUCCAUUUCUAUUCAUCUCCAUCUCUAUUCCCAUUCAUCUCCAUCUCUAUUCCCAUUCAUCUCCAUCUCCAUUCCCGUUCAAAUCCUCUUCUCACUCCCAUUCAUCUCCAUCUCCAUUCCCGUUCAUUUUCAUCUCCAUUUCUAUUCAUCUCCAUCUCCAUUCCCAUUCAUCUCCAUCUCCAUUCCCGUUCAAAUCCUCUUCUCACUCCCAUUCAAUUCCCGUUCCUUUCAUUAAUCCAUAUUUUCUUUAUAAUCCUCACAACUCUCCGCAUCCCAUACUUCCUGCCCAGCACCCCCGCACACACCAAGAACCGCCUAUCCCUAACCAUAAAAUAG